AUGAUUAUUAUCUUAUUAUUAGGUUAACUUAUUUAACUUUAAAAAUGUGAUUAAGUGAUAAACCAUGAAAAUAAAGUAAAUUUAUGAAUAUAAUAGAUAGUAGAUAACCCUCAUACAGGAAUAUUAUAUGGGAAUUCAACAUUAGGUUAUUAUUACAUGAAUAUUUAUGUUGGUGAAAAUAGGAGUAAACAUAGUGUAAUUGUUGAUACAGGUAGCUAGACAACAACAAUAAAUUGCAAUUAAUGUAUUUAAUGUGGAAAACAUUAAAAUGAUCCAUAUCAAUUUAAUUAGAAAAAUUACAAUAGUCAUGAAUUGAGAAAAGAUUUUAAUUGUUCUUCUUUUUAGAAUGAUAGAUGCAAAUUUGCUUCUCAUUAUGUUGAGGGUAGUUCAAUAGAAGGAUUUUAUGUGAAAGAUAAAGUAUUAAUAGGGGAUGGAUUAAUAUAACUUAAUGAUCAAUAUAUAGAGCAAGAAUAAUUUGAAUCAAUAUUUGGUUGCACUUAAUUUGAGCAAGGAUAAUUAUAUUCUUAAUUAGCAGAUGGUAUAUUUGGAUUAGGUCCAAUAUCUAAUCACUCUUUGUAUCCUCCUAAUUUGAUUGAUUUUAUAUCAAAAUCUGAGAAGGAAAAAUCAAUUUAAAGACAAUUCUCUCUCUGUUUAAAUGAUGAUAAUGGUUAUAUUAGUGUUGGUGGUUAUGAUUAAUAAAGAUUAGAUCCUAAUUUUACAAUUAAAACAAUCAAAUUUAAAUCAAGUUAAUAAUAUCUAGUUAACCUUACUUAAAUAGCUUUUGGAGAUUAAUUAUUUUCUGUUGAUGAUUCAAUUUACACUGAAGGUUAAGGCACAUUUAUUGAUUCAGGAGCUACUAUUACAUAUAUGGAUAAAGCAAUAUGUAAUUAAUUAUUUAAAUCAAUUCAAAAUCAUUUUUAAGUCAAUUAAAUUGCUCUUAAAAUUUAGAUGUAAUAUUAAAUAUGUUUUGAAUUCGCAUAAAAUAUUUCUACUUUAGAUAAUAUCUACUCAUAUUUUCCUAGUAUGAAAUUUAUAUUUGAGGAUAAUGUUGAAGUUUUUUGGAAACCAUAAAAUUAUCUUUAUCAAUAUAAUGAUAAAAUUUGUAUUGGAGUAGAGCCAAUUUCUAACAGAGUUAUUUUAGGAUAAAAUUGGAUGAGAAAGAAAGAUAUUCUCUUUGAUUUAGAACAAUAAGAGAUAUCAAUUGUAUAAGCAAAUUGUACUUUGGAUUAAUUUAAAUUAUAAGUUGUAACCUCUCAAAAUCAUUAAGUCUUGAAAAAUAUUAGAUUCCCAAGUUUGUUAAAAUUAACUCUUAAAGAUGAAGAAUAAGGGAAUGAAUAAUAAUAAUAGGUAGAAGUUCCAUCAUUUGAUACAUUAGAUGGAUAAGAGAAAAAAGAGGAGAAAAAGAAUUAAGAUGAACAUUCAUGGUUGGAAAUCUUAUUUUACAUUUUUAUUGUAAUUAUUACAUUAAAAGGUUUGGUUUUCUUAGGAUUAUACAUUAUGAAAAGAUUAGGAGGGUAUAAUUUUAUUUUAUUAUUUAGAAAUUUUUAUACAUAUGUUUAGAAAAGUGGAAAGUUUUAAAAAAUAAAUAUUGAAGGAGAAGAAAAUGAUGAAAAUGAUUCUAUAUCACACUAGGUUGAGUUGGUCAUAAAAUAAAGUGAUUAAAUUGCUUGAGUUAUUAACUAAUAAAUAUUAAUUAAUUCUAAUAUAAUGAUACCUAAUACAAAAAGAGAUUUAGUUGCCAUAGAGUACUUAUAACAAAAUGUUUAUCCAGGAUUAUAGCCAGCAUUAAUGAAAGUAUUCUAAAUUAAUAUUAUUUGUUAAUUGAUCAUGUUGUGAAAUCAGAUGAAGUUAGAAAACAUUAAGAAAGACUUAAAAAAAUUAAAAUAUUUGAUAAAAUUGAAUAGAAGAGAGUUGAAAAAGAAAGAUUAAGAGCUGAACUUGGAUCUGAAUAUGAAUCCUCUGAUGGAUCUGUAGAUUUAGAUGAAAUGGGAAUUAAUUAAUCAGAGUUUCAUAAAUAUAUGGGAAAAGAAUAAAAAGAAAUUUAAUCGCCUCUUCCGAUGGAUGAAUAAGUAUAAUAAGGAGGAGUUGAAGAAUAGACUUCAUAAGACUUAAAAAAAGAUACUUUAUUAUCUUUAGGAGAAAUCAGAGAAGACUAAGAAGAUGAAGAUUAAGCAGAUAAACAUGAAUUAGAAAAAAUGAAGUAAUUUCUAAGGUAGCAAAGAGAAGAAAUGUCAUUUAAUCCAUUACUUUUUCUAGCCCAAUAGAUUAGAGAUAUUAUUGCUGCAAAAAAUUGAGUAAAAC